GAUAUUCCCGGGGAUGGCAUAUGCUGGGCAUAACGGAAUCCGAGCAAAAAAACCGUCUGAUUCAUCUGACAGCGACGCGGCGACAACCGUCCGAUUCGGGGAUCCGACGGCGGAGGUUAAAGAGGCUUUUCCGGGAUCUAGUUGCCGCCCAAGGCGUGGACGAAAGGAUGAAUGUAUGAUCUCUUCGCGGGCACCAACGAUGCCCGGCGCCAGCGUGGGGCUCAAGCUGGGCGCCGCGAUCAGGAGCCCCAACCCUAAUGAUGCGCCCGGGAAUGCGGCUGCUCCCAGUCCCAGGAUUCACAGCGGCGGCGGCAGGAGGAGUGGCGGCGGCAUUAGCAGCGAUGCUCGACCUAGUGGCGCUGCCCAUGGCGGGAGUGUGAGCAGGGGGUUGCGAAAUAUCGGUCCAGUGAAUUCUUCUUCGCCGCCGAGAGCCAAGACGGGCAAGGCAACGACAACACAGGACUUGAGGAAAAAGCAGGUUUUAGGGUAUGCGGCAGUAGCGGCUGUGAGGCGGAGCUUGGAGCAGCAAUCCCCCUCCGGUAAGCAGCCGCCGGGGAGGAGCGCGCCUAACAAGAUCCGGCCUCGCAGCGAGCCCGGCCCGCGUAGCAAUGCCAAUCCAGAGGGCAGGCUCUUGUAUUCGGCGAGGGGCUAUCCUCCGGCUCCUUCAGUGAUUGCUUGCAGCUUGGAGCCUGCAACUUCCAAUUCCAUGGAGGAUGGGAACUUGGAUAGCAAGGAGAGCAAAAAGAAUCCUUCACUGCUUGUCUUCUCAGGAGGCACUGCGUUCAAUGGUGUUGUAGAAGAGCUCAAGAGGCUGACCACCAAUGUCACACACGUACUUCCAGUCUCCGACGAUGGAGGGAGCACGUCCGAAAUACUUCGUGUACUCGGCGGUCCGGCGCUUGGUGAUAUCCGAUCGAGGUGCUUGAGGCUUUCCGAUGAGAGUUGUUCUGAGGCAUUGGCUGUAAAGCGUUUGCUUGGCUACCGCUUGCCAGUGAAUAGCUCGGACGCAAAAGCGGAGUGGUACAAAAUAGUUGAAGGUGAGCAUGAGCUGUGGAACGAAGUGUCGGAGCCGUACAGAGAAACUAUCCGUGCUUUUCUUGUGUAUUUUCAAAGUCAGUUGCUCAUGCAUUCCACAAAAAAGUUCUCUUUUGGAAAUGGAAGCAUAGGAAAUUUUUUCUUUGCAGGGGCUAGAAUUUUUAUCCAGUCCCUAGACGCGGCUAUUUUUCUUUAUUCCCGUGUCUCGAAGAUUCCCGUGGAUAGCAUUGUUCUGCCUGCGAUUUCUACCAACGACAGGGUUACUCUUGGAUGUGAGCUAUACGAUGGUACGUUUGUGAGGGGACAGAAUGAAAUUUCGCAUCCAAUCAAGAGAAAUUGCGUCGGUGAAGGUGGAGGGGACGACUGUCAUGUUGUUGACAAGGGCAGGGAUUCCACACCUCCGCUUCCUUCCCCGAUCAAACGUAUUUUUUACAUGUCUUCUGACGGCGCAAACGCUUCACACGAGGUAUUUCCCUGCGUAAAUCCUGAAGUUUUGAAGCGUAUAAGCGAUGUAGAAGCAGUUGUGUAUGGCAUGGGUUCCCUCUACACGUCAAUAUGUCCGUUACUGGUUCUUCGUGACGUAGGAGAAAGCAUUUCGAAACAGACAUGUCCCAAGCUUCUCUUGCUGAAUGGUUCUCACGAUCGAGAAACCGCUGGCAUGUCCGCCUCGGACUUCAUCAUCGCAAUAUGCGACGCAUUGAAUCGUAAAUACGGUGAUCCACAGUUCACGCUCGACAAUCCACCGACGGCUUAUAUCAACACUCUGCUGGUGCCAGAGAAUGGAAGCAUUUCCGUGGAUAGAGAGCAACUAGCGGCCUUGGGAAUCACUGAAGUGGUGGUAGUAGAUUCGAUUCAAGACGAGAAAUCAGGGACGAUUUUCGACCCAAAGUCACUGAUUUCAUGCCUCGAGACCGCGAUGUUGAAGAAAAACAAUAGUGAUGGCUUGGAUAGACGGAGGACGCGCAAGCCAGCCUAGUUUUAACGAAUAAAAUGAAACGAUCACGUUGGAACCCCCCGCAUUGGAGGAUAUGCUUACACCUCA